UCAGAGGAGAACAGAGACCAAAACUUCUUCCCAUCUGGAGCCAGUUGAAUUCUAAAUCCUCAGAAGGCAGAACAGAGAUGGAAGGCCCAAUGUCUUCUGCGGUGAAGUGGACCGUUUUCUUGCUCAUCAUUCUGAACCUGACUCACUUCUACCAGGCCAAAGACUUCUGGACUCUCCAUGUGGACUAUCCCAAGACCAAAGCCUCGGGAAAACCACCCGAGUACUGCAAUAAUAUUAUGAGGCAAAGGGGGCUCAUUAACAAUACUUACUUAAGGCCUUUCCAUACCUUCAUCCAUGAGUCAAACAGUACCAUCCUCAAUAUCUGUGCUAACUCUACCAACCCCCACUAUGCUUCCUUUGCACCAAACUCUUAUGAAAGCCAAAAUCCCCUUCACCUGACAGAAUGUUGUAUCAAGACCUGUAGCCCUAAUUUUGUUUGUACUUAUAAGGAAGUAAUCAGAAUGUCAAAAAUUAGAUUAGCUUGUUUAAAUGGACACCCAGACCACUUAAUUACCUACAUUAAUUAUUCUCCCACAAAGAUUCUAAUUAAUCUCCUAUUUGGGGGCCCCCGUCGCUGACAACUUUUCUCCAGAUUUCGCUUUUUACUGAGUCUUGUGGGACCCCUCAUUGUUCCUCAGCUUCUACUCACCCCACCUGAAUUUCUCACUUUUCUCUGUUUUCAGAUAGAAGGCAAGCUCCUUAAGGGCAGGGAGUCCUCCAUUUAUGCUUUUAUAUCUCCAUGUUGGGAAUAGUUGUUGGUAUAGCAAUCUAAUCUGCAAGGGUAUUUACAGAGAAGUUAUGUACUUGAGUCUGUUGCAUUUACUUUUGCCUCAAGUUUUAUUUUUAAUAAAUUUUUAGUUGUC